GUGAUAAAAUAAUUAUACUAUAUAUAAUUAAAAUUAUGCUUUAUAUAUAACCUCCUUCGACUUCUACUUAAAUUAACUUUUUAAUAUUUUAAAUUUUUUUAGUAAAAUUUUGAGCUUCGCCACUAAUCAUAUAUAUUAUACUUUAUACAUAAUAGUGAUUAAAAAGACUUCUUAAAUCAUAUAUACUAUACUUUAUACAUAAUAGUUAUCUAAGAAAGACUUCAUUUUAUAGUUUUCACAAUGUAUCUUAUGUAUAUGGAGGGUAUAAUUAUCUUCAUUCACAUCAAAAAAUUCUACUUUUUCUUUAAUAUUCGAUUAGACUCGAGAUUUUUAAUUAAAAAUUUGAAAAAACAAAGAAGUUAAACAACACCUUUGAUCAAAAUAUCACAUGUUUAAGUCUGGAAAUAACUUCGAUCAGAAAUGAAAGCUGUAUAAAGCUACACAUGCAACCUUUGUUUGUUGGUGUAAAAGAGUACUUCUUUGACUUCCAAAUUGAAAUAUUGAACAGUUUGUAUAAAUUUGAUAUACUUAUAAAACCAUCCUAGUAUAAUUCUAGGAUUCUCUUGUAUAAUUCUAGGAUUCUGUUUUUUGGUUUCUUUGUCAAGAAUCUCUUUGAAGUCUUAUGGCUUCAGCUUCUCCUUCUCAAGGUAGUUUGCUACUUCAGAAACAACUCAAAGAUCUUUGUAAAAAACCAGUUGAUGGAUUUUCAGCUGGUUUGGUUGAUGAAUGCAACUUAUUCGAAUGGAGUGUCACCAUUAUCGGACCCCCGGAUACUUUAUAUGACGGAGGUUUCUUUAAUGCUAUUAUGAGCUUUCCUCAAAAUUAUCCCAACAGUCCGCCAACUGUUAAAUUUACCUCGGAGAUGUGGCACCCUAAUGUUUACUCUGAUGGAAAGGUUUGCAUCUCAAUUCUUCACCCUCCUGGUGAUGAUCCAAAUGGCUAUGAGCUUGCUAGUGAACGUUGGUCUCCCGUCCAUACGGUGGAGAGCAUAAUGUUGAGCAUCAUAUCAAUGCUUUCAAGUCCUAACGACGAGUCUCCUGCUAAUGUCGAAGCAGCUAAGGAAUGGAGAGACAAUAGAGAUGAAUUCAAGAAAAAAGUUAGUCGAUGUGUAAGACGGUCUCAAGAAAUGACAUAAACACGCGAAUACCAAAAAACAAUCUUCUUUCUUCAUCAGCUGUUGAUCGAUACAAAUGUCGAAUUGCUGUCAUGGUAAUACCUUUCUGUAUUAUUAUGCAUUUCGCUUCACGAAUUCGGUCAUUGUUCGCAUUUUUUUUUUUUUUUGGUUAUAACUUACUUUAGAACUCUGUAUUUUCCUUGUAGUCUAGUAGAUGUUAACUGCAUAAUGUACAUCUCAGAAAUGAACUAAAUGAAUCUUCUUCUUUUCUAUUUA